AUGGAGGAGAAGCUCGCGGCUAAGCUGGCGAAGAGUAUCGCGGAUGGGGAUGCGAUUGACGAAGUUGUUAUCGAUGAUGAUGACUUCGCUCCGCCUAACAGCCUUAAACGGCUGGUGCUGCCGGGAUCUCCUUCUCGUCGAGAUGGUGAUGGUGCGGAUCCGGGUGCGGGACCCUCUACUUCUGGGGCCAAGUCUGCUUAG